AUGUCUUUGUUCCCCCCAUGUUAUUGGUGUGGUCUUCAGGAUCCCUCCUUUCUCUAUCUUCAGAGGGGCUUGUCAUGUGUGAUUGUGACUGAGUUAGGGUUUUCUUUCACAAUGUGAGGAUCACUGUCAUCCCUUUCAAGAGGUUCUCAGGUGAUCUUCCUCAUUCUCUUUAUUGUAUUCAAUACAACAGGGUUGCAAUAAUUUCAUGGCCCUCAUUUGCUGGAUAGACUCAGGCAAUUACGCUUUUUGGAAGCUUUUCCUUAUUCAAACCAAUACAGCAGACCCGCUUAACAACAUGCAAUUAGUUGGCCAAUUUUCUUUUUGCUAGCUUGCUAAUGAGCAGGACACUCUUCCAAACAAGAGCAGAUAUCAGCCACCGCGUCCAAAAAAUGAUAUUUUAUCUCCUUCUUGGUUCUUUUCGAACAUUCAUUUUUCUUGUCUUUCAUAG